AUGUGUGGCAGCGAUGAAACACGAGGGGAGGAUACAGCUCGAGUCUCAGGACUGUUUGGAGAUGCGAAAGACUUGUUGUGGACUGCACCCGAGAUAUUGCGCAAGGAUGACUUUGUUGGUUCUCAAGAAGCUGACAUUUACAGUUUCGGUAUCAUCUGUGCUCAGCUGGUUACAAAAUCUUCAGCAUGGGAUUUGGAUAAUCGAAAAGAAGACGCUUAG